UUGUUCUUGAGGAGUAAGAGAAUUGAGCAGUAGAAUCAGACAGUCUUGGGAGAGAAUGGCUGGUGCAGGCAUGUGGCGGUCUGUCUUCGUUAUGAGUUUUAUGUGGGGCUGGAAUUGCUCUAUGGCUGAGCAAGGAACAGCCACAUAUUACACUGCUCCAUAUGUCCCAUCGGCGUGCUAUGGAAACGACCCCAAUCAAUUUCCAGCAGGAGAUUUGUUUGCGGCGGCAAGCGACACAAUCUGGGGCAACGGGGCGGCUUGCGGAAAACAGUACCGAAUCACAUGCACCGGCGCAACAAAUCAGGGCGUUCCGAUGCCAUGCAAGAGCGGAUCCAUCGUCGUGAAGAUUGUUGAUUAUUGCCCAGCGGGAUGCGCUGGUACCUUCGAUUUAUCUCAAGCUGCCUUCGCUGAUAUUGCUGAUCCAGAUGCUGGCAAAGUUUACAUCGACUAUGAACAGGCCUGAGCGUGCUGAGCAGCCCUAUUAUAACUAAAUAGAGCCCGCAUCAACAUUAGCGGGGAUAAUACAUAAUACCACUUUUGGUGGCGGUUUUUUGCUUUUGCGUUGUACGAAGCAGGCUGCUUUGAAAAUGCUUCGUUUUAAUAACUAAUGUUACUGAAUAAUAUAGCCAAUGUCUAUGGUGUCCUUCGUACUUGUGUCGAUUCGAAACAUUUCCAAUUUUUCAAUUUUGAAUUCAGUAAA